ACAAUGUUUGCUCAGCUUAAUAAGGCCUGUGUAUAAAAGUGAGACCUGAAGUCAAUGAAGCAGGCAUUCCUUCACUUACUUGAAGUCUUGUGCACACCCACAUCAGGUGUAGACACACAUACACAGGCCAGAGAAGGUUGUCACUAACAGUAUUAGUCAUUAGGGUUAGUAAUGCGGCACUUUACUCUGUUGCAUUUACUCCAUUGCUGUGAAAAAAACCCUGCAUUUUGAGUCUUUAGGAAGAUCAACAGGCCUUGAAUCAAUCCCUGUCAUCGGUUCAUCUGAGAGACGAGUGGAAACUAAAGAGGCUCUCCUGCUCUCUUCACCUGGACAGGAGACGAUGGCCAGUCCAGUUCGGAUCCAGACAGACGGCUCUGUCCUUCAGCUGCCUCGCUCCGCCACCAACUUUGUGGAGAGCUCGCUGGCUUUUCUCAAGCAAGAAGAUAACAUAGUGCAAACGUCGGAGAUGGUCGACCACAAAACUCGUCUGGACGGCUCGGAACGCGGACAUCCGGGACUCUAUCUCUCCUGCUUCGACAUGCUGUUUACAGAGGAUGCCACCUGGCUGGUGAGGGUGUCGGAUUCCUCCACGGCGGUGGGCGCAGGGCCCAGGCUGGAACCGUGUCAGGAACCGGAGCAGUGCCCUGUGAUUGACAGCCCUGGGUUGGGAAGCUCACCUCUGUCUCCUACACUGGAAGAGCAGGUGGAGGAGAGAUCUCUGGAGCAGGUGCAGAGUUUAGUGGUGGGAGAAGUUUUGAAGGACAUUGAAACAGCUUGUAAACUUCUAAAUAUUACGCCAGAUCCGAUGGAGUGGAAUUGUGGGAACGUUCAGAAGUGGUUGCUGUGGACCGAGCAUCUCUACAGGCUUCCGCAGGUGGGAAAAGCUUUCCAAGACCUGGAUGGAAAAGAUUUAUGUUCGAUGAGCGAAGAAGACUUCAGACAGCGCUCGCCGCAGUGCAGCGAAACAUUGCAUGCACAUUUGGAUAUAUGGAAAUCAGCUGCCUGGAUGAAGGAGAGAGGUUCAGUUGGAGAGACGAGGAUAAGAGAAACAGAGGAGCUUUGGUCAGAAGCCGAUUCAUCGUGUUCUGGUCAACCGAUCCACCUGUGGCAGUUUCUCAGAGAACUGCUCCUUAAACCUCACAGUUACGGACGCUGCAUACGUUGGCUGAAUAAAGAGAAAGGGAUCUUCAAAAUCGAAGAUUCGGCGCACGUGGCUCGUCUCUGGGGUCUGAGGAAGAACAGACCAGCUAUGAACUAUGACAAACUCAGUCGCUCCAUACGCCAGUACUACAAAAAAGGGAUCAUUCGGAAGCCAGAUGUCUCUCAAAGACUCGUCUAUCAGUUUGUCCAUCCGGUUUAAAAGACAAUGCAUUCAGACCAGAGGACGGCCUUGAAGUCUUUGAACUGACAAACCUUCAACAUUUCAGCGAUGAAUCUUUAUUACAGACUCUUCAAGAGCAAAACCAAGAAUAAUUGUGUUUAGAAACGUGCAUUGAACUGUUAUAUAAAUGUGUUAUAUAAUAUACAUUUAUUCUUUGAAAGCAGUGGUUCUCAAAGUGAGGGGUGGGUAGGUGGUGCCAGAGCGCCCCAAUUUUAUGACAUUUUAUUAAAUACAUUCAUUUAGCAUAAAUUAAACUUUAGCAAAAUAUAGCUACCAACCAAGAGCACUACAUUGUAUAAUUUAAUAGGUUUUGUUUAGUUAAAAUGAUAAGUUUCAUGUCAUAAAUUUUCUUUGGGGGGUGGCGAAGGGAUGCACCCUAUCCAAGGGGGCGCAUGCUGAAAAGUUUGAGAACCACAUUUAUACAUGUUUAUAUAAUUCCAGGUACAUUUGGUGUCCAAAGUUGGUAUUUAGAUAGAAAUAUUAUAUUGUAAUCUUCUGAUCUAUUAUACUAAGUACCAAAAAAAAAAAAAAUUUUAUAUAACAAUUUGAAUCAACUUCAAACUACUUCAAUUGGAAACACCCAACUUAAAAUUUCACAUUAUUUUUUUAUAUAAGUUAUUUAAGUUAAAAAUUGAAGUUGAUCCUACUUUUAACUUUUUACAACGAUAAAGCACAGAGAAAUAAUGACUUUGGACACCAAAUAUACAUGCGAUUAUUUAAACACCCACAUGUGUGCCACUUCAACACAUCCAUACUGUUACUUCUAUUACUUAUUAAGAACAAUCUGUCAACUAAUUUAUGAUGUUUAACAAUAGCAAUCAUGUUAUAUA